AUGGCCUUGGAGCUUCUGGUGGGUGAGGAGGUCAGUCCACUUUCACCCCCACCCCCGACCACCAUCUUGGAUUUGGCCACAAGCAGCCCUCUCGCGCUGCCAUCUUCCUCCUCCUCCUCUCCCACACUUCCAACCUCUGCAGGUGACAUGAGACAGAGGCGGCUGUCCAACGAGAGCUCCAGAGGGGACUUCUUCCUCGUGGGCUUCUCCGAUUGGCCCCAGUUGGAGCCGGUCCUCUUUGGGAUCGUCCUGACCUCCUACCUCCUGACCAUGCUGGGCAACACGGCCAUCAUCGUGGUGUCCCGCCUGGACCCCCGGCUCCACACGCCCAUGUACUACUUCCUGGGCCACCUGUCCUUCCUGGACCUCUGCUACGCCACCAGCAUCACCCCCGGGCUCCUGGCCAACCUCCGCGGCCAGGCCCAGACCAUCGGCCACCUCGGCUGCAUGGUCCAGCUCUGCGUCUCCCUGGCCCUGGGCUGCACCGAGUGCUUCCUCCUCGCCGUCAUGGCCUACGACCGCUACGCCGCUGUCUGCCGCCCGCUCCGCUAUGCCGCCCUGGUGCCUCCGGCCCUCUGCCGGGCCCUGGCGGCCGUCUCUUGGCUGGGGGGCGCCUUCAGCUCCCUGGUCCAGGCGGGGCUGGUGGGGGCGCUGCCCCUCUGUGGCCUCCGUCGCCUCGACCACUUUCUGUGUGAGAUGCCCGCCCUGCUCAGGCUGACUUGCGAGCGGAACCCGGGCGGGACGGAGGCCAAGAUGUUCGUGACCCGGGUGCUGGUCCUCUUGGUACCCGUGUCCCUCAUCCUGGUCUCCUACGGCCACAUCGCCCGGACCGUGCUGAGGAUGCGGUCGGCCGGCGGCCGGCGGAAGGCGGCGGGGACCUGCGGGUGCCACCUGACCGCCGUCACCCUCUUCUACGGUUCCGCCAUCAGCGUCUACCUCCAGCCCGUCCACCGCUACUCCCAGGGGCGGGGUAAGUUCGUCACCCUCUUCUACACGGUGGUCACCCCCACCCUCAACCCCCUCAUCUACAGCCUGAGGAACCAGGAUGUGAAGCGGGCCCUGGGGAGGCUGCUGAAGGGGCAGGAGGCCCGAGGCCUCUAG